AUGCCGCGACACCUGUUUCCCUUUGCGAUGCUGCCGCUCCUUCUUUGCGCACUGAUGUGCUGCGGCAGCAGUGGGGCUGGGACCAGCGUUGAAGGAGCGCGGAAAGAGUCGAAGGAGGUUGAGCUCUUCAAACAGGGGGAAACUCCAGUGCUUGCCGCUGGGGAAACGAGCGACAAAGGCCGUUAUCAAGGUGUCUCCUCAUUCUUCAGCCACUCCCUUCUUGACGUGAAUGGGGUGCUGGUUGCUCUUGCCGUCGGCAAACACAACGGCACUCAGCAAAGCAUGGGUUUUGACACUUGGGCAAAAUCCAAUGCGUACGGAGCAGACGAAAAGUUGAAGGAAGACGCUACAUGGGCGAAACAAGAGUGGAAGACGCAGCGUGUGACAAAACAACUGGACGAAGGGAACCAGCGCGCAUCGCUGUUUGGCCCGAAGGCUCUGGUGAAGGACAGUAAAAUAUAUCUGCUUUUGCCAACAGUGGCGAUGACCGGGAGUCAUGCGGCUGCAGAUGUCUGGGACCUUGCGCUGAUCGUUGGUGAGGCGGCAGAGCAAGGAAGGAAAGCAGUCGCGUGGAGGGAACCCCGAUUGUUGAAGUCGACGCUUGUCAAAGAAGGGCAGCAGCUUUCAUGGAGGGAGCUGUACGCUGUCGGUGGCGCCAGAGGCGUUGCGGUUGGGGCAGCGACGAUUCUCUUCCCUCUUGCGGGAACCACCAACGACGGAACAGGCACACUUGCCUGCACCGUCGUCUACUCCGACGACAAUGGGAGUAGCUGGAAAGUUCAUGCGGCACCCGUGCGUCCCAAGGACUGUGACAGUGCCACGCUUCUCGAGUGGGCGGGAAAACUUUUCAUGGUCACCUCCGGAUCUUAUUCGUGGCAUGGCAAGGUGUACGGAUCCAGUGACAAGGGGAAGACGUGGAACGAGGCUGCCGGGCCCUUCGCACGCCUGUUGGGCGACGCAUACGUGUUGUCAAUGGACCACGGUGGUUCCGACCUCAUCACUGCAACCAUUGCGGGCACUAGUGUGCUGCUGUACACGCAGGUGUCGUUGAGUCUUUAUGCGCCAGAAGGAAGCAGCGGAAGAGGCACGUUCCGCAAGGCAAUCAAGCUGUGGCUCUCCGACGGUGUC